AUCCGCUUCAUCACCUGGCUGGACAAUUUGCCUGUCACGUUGCCUGUCCACAAGGGUUGCACCCUGGCGGCUCGCCCAUCUCGCUGUGGACCUGUCCCGUCGGUCUUCAAUAUAACCUGCGAUUCGCUUUCCGUCCUGAGGCUUUUCCCUCUCUCCUACACACAGUUAUUUAGUCGCCAACAUUACCCCAUCUUCUACACCGUUUUCUCCUCAGGCUUGUUGUUCUCUAGGCCUCUACGCCCACCCACCCGCCUCACCGUGCUGCACUUGACAACUCAUCAGAGGUCAACCACAACUCAUCACCUUGCGCUCACUAAUCAAUCAUUCAUCGAUAUAAAUACCCACCAUCACUCUUUCUUCACUUCUCUUUCUCUCAUCCCCACACGCAUUCAUUCAUCAAGCAAGAUGCCUAGUCGGGAGUUUCCAAAUAACUCCAUGUCCCGGGAAAACAACCGGAAGCGAUCGUACGACGAAAAAGAGUAUGCCGACAACGAGGUUAGCAACGGUCAAUCUACACCUCCUACCAAGCGUCGGCGUACCAGCCGUGACGAUGAUGAAACCGCGUGCAUGGAAGACGUUCCCGAUCUCACGUCUCCUUCCUCUACCAGUCUUUCCAUGGAUGAAGACAGUCCCAAUGAGGAUCUUCCCGAUGAAGACCUCUCGGGUGUAGAAGCCGACAUCAAUGACCUCGAAAGCAUCUCCGAGGACGACGUCGAGGACUUGCACCACAGUCUCGGCAACAUCGACUACACGAACGAGAACAUCGUCAUCGAGGCUAUUGGCACGACUAGCCCUCUCGCGGAUGACGCGAAUGACGAAGACAACCAGGCCAUGGCCCCACGAGGGUCCGCACAACCGCUAUCUGAUGAGGAGAGCGUGACCUACCGGCCCCUAAUACGGUACGAUACUCCUCACUGGGCAGCCCCAUACUCGAGCCGGUUCCAUGGAGGCAAGGAGUAUCUCCGUUUGGUCAUGUCGGAAGACGACUUCUCCGACGACGAGCUUUAAACCGGUCAUGGCUUUGAGCGAUACUUUUCACAAUACACCUCGACUAAACAUAUUUGUUUAAACUCACUAGAGUUCCGAGUCCAUGAUGACAAAUCAUAAUGAAGGACAUCCAGGGAAUGGAUUAUGGAAUGGGCUAGGGAGCAAGAUGCACGAUAUGGCGUUUUCUGGAAAGGGUUUCUUGGUUUGAAACUGUUGAGUAUGAUACCCUGGGAUGCAACUCU